AUGCCUUCCGCCUCCCAAGUGGCCCGCACCACCGACAUACUCCACAUCAUCUUCUCCCACAUCUCCGCCGGCAACGACCUCACAUCCCUCCUGCGCACAUCCCCCCUCUUCUUCGGUCUCAUCGCUCCAAAACUCUAUCGCUCGCUACCAAUAUCGAACGUCUUGAAUUCCUUCUUGGGCGUGAAUGCUGGCGGGCGAGGCGGGCCCUACGGAAAGACCAAGCUGUUGGAGCUCGUACAGACGGUGGUCGUAGAGCGCGCACGGCCGCCCGUCGAUCAUCCAGUAUGGGCAGACUGGUACGAAUACCCCGCUCUCCUAGCUGUCAAAACCGUCAUCAUCCACCCCGCCGAUAGGAUCACCCGACAAGAAGGCGGUCAAGAUACGACCUUGCCAAACAACGCCGUCAUCGAGCGACUUUGCCCCACUGCUACUCGGCUACACCUCUCGAUACCUUGCUAUAAUUAUACAGCCGGCGCCGACUGUAUUCAGUCCAUGCCUUCUUUGCCUUGUGUAGAGACACUUGUGGUCAAGGCAAACGCGGGGAAGAUUAUGAAGCUCGAGCAUGUUGUUGGGAAGCUCAAUUACAGGGUCUGGAAAUACGGCCAGACGAAGCGCCCGCCUUGCCCCAAUAUCAAGGCGGUCCAUAUACUGCUUUGGGGCGAUUUUUUAUAUCCUGAGGAGGAACUUCAGAGAUCCUAUUUUGACUUGGAUUGGCCCGACCUCUCCAUGAAGGUCACGCUCAAGGACAAGAUCUUCCACAACCUCUGCGGAAUCGCCGUACGACUCGGCACGCGGUUCUCUAUCGACGAGCUUUGCCUGUACAAUGCCGAUACGGUGUUGGAGAGGUUGAGUAAAUUGACGAAGAGUCGGAAGGUGGAUGAUAUGAAGGCAGAGGUGGAAAGGGAAUUUAAGGAGGAGAUGAAGACGUCGGCAGAGGUCUUGUGCAUGCCGGAGGAGGCGGCGAAAGCUCAAGUCUAUUGGAGAACCGGUCAGGAGUUUUACGAGGCUUUCGGCGAUAUGUCAGCACGAGAUGAGAAGGAAGAGUGGUAUCAUUGGGCGUUCGCGCCCUCCCCAAAUCUUGUGUCGGUCAGAGCUGGACUGGCAGCCAAGACUGAUUUUCCUGCUGAUGCGUUUGUGGGCUUGACGGAAGGAGAGGCCGAGUGGAUGUUGGCAGUUUUCUAG